CAGCAGCAGCAGUAACCAUCCCCACCGAAUUCUUCUCCGGCGAACCCGGCUGUAUGUGUCGCUUUCAUUAGCCGCGGCGCACGACGUGGCGAAACGUGCGGCAACAAGGUUGGAUGUAGGACGGCAGGAUUUUGCAAGCAUCAUGACGACGGCCUACAGAAGCGCCGAAAGACGGCGUCAGGUGCAGCUCUUGGAGUGGGGGGCAGCGUCGAGGCAGGCAAUUAUGACUCGGAGUCGGAGUUGGGUGGUGGCGUGGACGAAUUGCAGACUCCUGGCGCGCGUCCUUUCAUAGCGAAGUCCAAGGAACUGCACUACGCGCAGGCCUCCAAUAUCGAGGAUGAGGGCUUCCGGAGAGCGCAGGAGAGUGUGUGGCACCUCAAGCGGAUCGAGCUCCCAAAGCCAAAGGCUGGUGAACCACCCCCCCCUCCCAUCCCGGACGAUCCGAAGGGUUGGGUGUUCGAGGGACUACCCCGUGACGACUCAUCCGACCCGUACAAGAGACGGCACAAAUACCCCGGCGGCGACAAGUUCAGCCUAUCGGACCAGCUGAAGGCGAGUCUACCGAAGGUCGACAAACAAGGGCUAGCUGUUUUGCGUCCUUUCGUCAACAGGAAGGGUGGGGGUCUCCCCUUCAUGUUCUUUGAGAAGACUUUCCCGACGGAGGCGCAGGACGUCGGCCUGAGGGAGGGGUACGUCAACUUCUGCGCCGACGAGUCUGACCCGCCCCUGGAACACCAGAAACCUCGACAUCGGGCGAAGAAGGUGACGCGGGGAUUUCAGAUGGUACCGUACAAGGACCUGGCGGAUGGAUCUCGAGAGUACGCCUUCAAGCGCAAGCACCUGUACGGCGUGAUGGGUAUCCUCAUCACCGCGGGAAUCACCCAGAAGCGGCGGAUCACCGACCACUGGGGGGUGGAUUUCCAUGACAAGGAGCUGGAGGACGUGUUGAACAAGUGCUGGAGCGAGCUUGUGGACCCCGGCGCAUGCCUAUCGUACGACGAGCAGAUGGUGAAGAGCACGGCGAGAGUGAUGCUCGCGCUGAUGAGGUUCAGCGGCGACAUCAAGGUGAGGCCGUAUGCGAGUUGUCCCAUUGGAAAGUCGGCCCGCACGGUCAUGUACGUCCUACUUGAGGCGUGCGAGACUUUCUCCGACAAAAUCAUCGGCUCCGGUGUUACCGUAGCGAUGGACAACUUCUUCACGGGAGCCGCCCUGCUGCAAUGCCUCGCUACGCGCGACAUUUACGCCGUCGGGACUCUACGCGGCAAUCGCACCGGGGUGGAUCUCGCCAACUACAUCUGGUCGAGGGAGGGCACGAAGGCGACGGAGCGUGAGCAGAUGCUGAAGGCCCGCUCGGACGAGCUCGUGAUCGUCAAGUGGAUCGGCUCCCAGGAGGUGCACCUGAUGUCGGCGAAGCAUGUAUUUGCGGCCGAGUGGGAACCUCUCACUCUCGAGAGGAAGCGAGCUGCGGACAACAACGGCGAGAAAGUGUCGAGCAGUCAGCCACUAGCUCGCAAGAAGUACGUCAAGAACAUGGGUGGUGUGGACGUCGCGGACCAGCGGCUAGGCGCCCACGCCCACACGCACAGGCCUAUGACGUUCUUCUGGAGGCGUGUCUUCGACCAAAAGUUGUCUCACGCUGUCAGCAACGCGUGGCUCCUGUUUUACGAGUGGGCUUGGGUGCUAGCCACGCAGUGUACGGCGGCGUUGGAGGCAGCGACCCAACACGGAGGGGCCGGUGACGCCGGGGAGGCCGGGGAGGCCGGGGAGGCCGCGGAGGGAGGAGCAGCCGCGGACAGUUGCGAUCUCACGGUGGCAGAGCUUNUGGCAAGGAUUACGCCUAUGACGUUCUUCUGGAGGCGUGUCUUCGACCAAAAGUUGUCUCACGCUGUCAGCAACGCGUGGCUCCUGUUUUACGAGUGGGCUUGGGUGCUAGCCACGCAGUGUACGGCGGCGUUGGAGGCAGCGACCCAACACGGAGGGGCCGGUGACGCCGGGGAGGCCGGGGAGGCCGGGGAGGCCGCGGAGGGAGGAGCAGCCGCGGACAGUUGCGAUCUCACGGUGGCAGAGCUUCGCGAGUUUCAAUCCCUCGUCAAGAAGGCCAUGAAGGUGGAGCGUGUUGACUGGGACCGUAGGCUCGCGAAUCACCUGAUGUCCUUGUGCAGUGUAUGUCACACUGAGACGAGGGCAAGCCGCACGACAAAACCUGUUGAGACGUACAGCGUAAAGGGCGCAAAGUCAUCCCUUGUAUGUUAUGGGGGGAUUUGCGAGGAGACCGCAAAGGCCAGCCGGUGCACGGGGAGUAGGACUCGGGUUGUAUGCUGGUGUGAUACUUGCACGGAUGGGUUGGGGAAGGACCGGGCGUUGAUCCUGUGCACGAAAUGCAACAAAGUACCAGCAGCGAAUGUUACCGCUAGGAAACAUGCCGCCGCGAGAAAGUACAAGCCCAUCUCUUGAUCGGAGGUGACAGCUGAGUAAUUUGUUGUUUAUUGAUUGUGAUGUUGACACGUGCAAAGAUAGUACCGGCAAGUGAUCAUGUCGCCGCCGCCAGAAAACGAUCGGGGUGUGCAUGUGCUCCUAGUUGUGCAUGUCGCAGUCGUGGG